GGAGCAGCUGAAAUUAAUCCAACUGAACUGCCGAAGAUAUUCAUUUGAAAGAAGGAAAAGCAUGCCUUCUUCCUUGUCCUUCGCUUCUAGGAGCUUUGGCUUCUUCUUGGUGGUAGGUUGGAUGAUUGUAAUAAUUAAUAAUGUUGGCAGAGCAAAUGCCGGCGUCUACCAUGCAACGAGACCCGUCUUCAGGCCAGGUCCAUGGGCCCCUGCCCACGCCACCUUCUACGGCGACGAGUCUGCCUCCGCCACCAUGGGAGGAGCUUGCGGGUAUGGAAACUUGUUCAACAACGGGUAUGGGACUGACACAGCGGCUCUGAGCACAACGCUGUUCAACAACGGUUACGCUUGCGGGACAUGCUACCAGAUAAAGUGCGUUGAUUCGCCCUGGUGCUACCAAGGCUCCCCAUUCACUACCGUGACAGCCACCAACAUCUGCCCCCCAAACUGGGCUCAGGACUCCAACAACGGCGGCUGGUGCAACCCUCCUCGGAACCACUUCGACAUGUCCAAGCCUGCCUUCAUGAAAAUUGCACAGUGGAAGGCCGGCAUCAUCCCCGUCAUGUAUCGCAGGGUCCCAUGCAUCAAGAGAGGCGGCAUCCGAUUCUCGUUCCAAGGAAACGGGUACUGGCUAUUGGUGUACGUGAUGAAUGUGGCCGGUGGCGGCGACGUCGCCAGCAUGUGGGUCAAGGGCAGCAGAACUGGAUGGAUAAGCAUGAGCCACAACUGGGGAGCCUCCUACCAGGCUUUUGCAACCCUGGGCGGCCAACCGCUCUCUUUCAAGCUGACUUCUUACACCACCAGGGAGACCAUUGUUGCAUACAACGUGGCUCCAUCUAACUGGAACAUUGGAUUGACCUACCAAGCCAACAUUAACUUCCAUUGAUAUAUAUACAUAUAAUGACCUACACACCGGCCCAUCGAUCAAACAGAUCAUCACUUUCCGUCUUAAUUAGUUGUUUGGCGUUUUUGAAGGCCUGCAAGUAUUAAUAUUUAUAUGCUCGAUCGUUGCCUUAAUUUCUUGUUAGUUCUUUGUACUUAAUUUGUUUUCUUUUUCUGUUCUUUUUUACGUUUUUUUCCCCUCUAAACAUGAUCAAUCUUUGUAAUGCAAUCUUUGA